CGUCAUUUGGCACGCGCUUAAACAUCAGUUUUUAUUUAUGGAUAAGACAGAAAAAUAAGUGACAACCUUGCCUUAAGAAUUGUGCGUCAUCUGAAACGCCACUAGACUGGCAGAUAUUCUAGCUCGGACUGUAUCAAAUUGAACUGCUAGACGAUUAUGGCGUUAAUAGAAUUCAUUAGCCAAUCAAUCUGUCGCGCACAGUGGUUCAACCCGAAUGACCGCUGGGUUCUAUGCGACUAACCAAUCAAAGACCUUCAUGAGUGUUGAGCGAGAUGCGCGUAUUUACAGUCUUCUAAAAGCGUUGGCAUAAAACUAGUGUUGGACAAGUCGUUUAUCAGAAGGGCGAUGCCAGGGAUAACCAAGUAUAAUUUAGUGGAUGAUGCACAGGACUUGAGGAUCCCCAUGCACAACGAGGCGGCAUUUCACCAUGGGGUCUGCUUCGAGGCAAAGUACAUUGGCAGUCUGGAAGUGGGUCGUCCGAAUAGCCGAAUGGAGAUAGUGGCUGCAAUGAGAAGGAUACGGUAUGAAUUCAAAUUGAAGAACAUUAAGAAGAAGAAAGUCAACAUCAUCGUGUCUGCAGAUGGUGUAAGGGUGGUUUUGAGAAAAAAAAAAAAGCUGGUUGUCUUCCAGAGGAAAGAGUGGUCAUGGGAUGACAACACAGUCAUGAUAACACAAGACCCCAUCUAUAGGAUUUUCUAUGUGUCACAUGACGCCCAGGACUUGAAGAUCUUCAGUUACAUUGCGAGAGAUGGACAGAGCAACAUGUUCCUUUGUAAUGUAUUCAAAUCCAAGAGGAAGUCCCAGGCCAUGCACAUUGUGCGGACAGUGGGCCAGGCCUUUGACGUGUGCCACCAGCUGACCCUGCAGCAGAGCUCCGAGGAGGGAGUGGAGACCAAUGCUGCCGACGCAGAUGGGGCAGACGUCGUGCCAGCCAAGACGAGGUUGGCAUUGUCUGAUUCGACCGACCUUGAAGCAACCACGGAGGAGAGCAUAGACUGUUUGUCAUCUGACCUGGACAAGACCAAAAGCCAGGACCUUCUUAGUAAAGAUGUGAAGGACCCAGCCCUGCAGCUGACCUCCCCCAGGCCGGGGCCACCCGUGUCGGGCCUGUUGGCCGUGGACUCCCCCCGCUCCGUGGAGCACCAGCUGCAGCUGCUCCAGAGACAGCUCCAGCAGCAGGAGCAGCAGGCCCAGGCUGCUGUAGCACAGACGUGUGUGCUCCAGGACCAGCUGUCAGUGGAGGUGUGUGCGAGGACAGAUGCCCAGGCCCGGGUCCAGAGACUCCUGCUGCAGAACACUGACCUGCUGCAGCACAUCUCCCUACUGGUCCAACAGAUCCAGGAGCUGGAGCUCAGAGCUGCUGGAGGACUCCGCUCCAUGGGCUCCCAGGACAGUCUGCUGGGGAUCACCUUCCGUGCCAAGCCCUCCCUGCGUGACGCCCCCACCACCCCCACCUCCAUGGGCCCCCAGCAGGGUCAGCCCCAGAUCAGCAACGGCCUAUGGGCCUCCACCCUACCAGGUUCCUCUCCACCAGGGACCAGGGCGAGCCUCUCUCUGGGGCCAGGCAGCAGUGCCGUGAGGCUGGAGUGCUUCCGCUUCCCCCACGGGGGAGAGGAGCCCCACCAGAACCAAGACCAGGAGGGGGAGAGUCCGAGCUCAGGCGGCCCAGCCGGGGACUCCCCUCUGGAGGGAGAGGAGGUCCUUGGAGCCCUGGAGCUCCUUCGGUUCCGAGAGUCGGGGAUCGGUUCCGAGUACGAGUCCAACACGGACGAGAGCAGUGACAGGGACAGCUGGGGGCAGGGCGAGGGGGCGGGGCCUGAGGGCGCGGCACGCCUCUUCAACGUGCUGAACGCAGAGAGCCCCGCGGACUGUCUGGGUGAUGAGAUGGCUGUGUAACCCUCCGCAGCUCUGCUUCACUCAGUCAUAUCAUAUACAGUAGUGUUAUAGUGUUGUCGACAGUUCUCCUCCCUCCAAACUCUGCUCGCAGUCCU